AAUUAUUACGAAGGAUGACAAAGUCAUUUCACAAUUUAUUGAGAAAAUAACCGAAAGAGGUUUUGGUGCGUUGAUCUGGUUAUUGAUCUGUUCGUGAAAAAGUAAUAACAGAAUCUGCAGAAUGAGAGAAAAUAUAGUGUUGUUUGGUGAUUCAAUAACAGAGCAAUCUUUCCGAGAAAAUGGUUGGGGUGCUUCACUCGCCAAUGCAUACUCUCGCAAGGCUGAUGUACUUAUUCGUGGCUAUGGUGGUUACAACACUAGAUGGGCUUUGUUCUUACUCCAUCAUCUCUUCCCUUUGGAAUCAAGUAAACAACCUCUUGCUACCACUAUUUUCUUUGGUGCUAAUGAUGCGGCUUUGUCUGGAAGAACUAGUGAAAGACAACAUGUACCUAUUCCAGAAUAUAAACAAAAUCUCCAAAAAAUUGUGCUCCACUUAAAGUCAUGCUCACCAACUAUGCUUAUUGUGCUUAUUACUCCACCUCCAGUUUGUGAGGAAGGGCGUCAAGCAUAUGCAAUAUCCUUAUACGGUAAGAAUGCUAGAGAAUUACCGGAAAGAACAAAUGAAGUUACUGGUCAAUAUGCAAAAGCAUGUGUUGAGAUAGCUAAGGAAUUGGGUGUGGCAUAUAUCAAUCUAUGGUCCAAAAUGCAAGAAACAGAUGGCUGGCAAAAGAAAUUUCUGUGGGAUGGGUUGCACCUGACACCGGAUGGAAAUGCAGUAGUCUAUCAAGAAGUGAUCAAGGUGUUCAACGACGCAGGACUUUCUGCUGAUAAAAUGCCGUAUGAUUUCCCUCACCACUCAAAAGUUGAUGACAAAAAUCCUGAGAGCUCUUUCCAGCAGAAUGUUUGUGAAGCCUCAUUAUAGUCGGGUUCUGGUUUAGUCUUUCAAUUUUAUAUACUCUGUUCUAUUGGUUGACCUGCUAUUUUUUGUACUGAUUUUUUUUUACAAGUUUUUUACUGAA